CCUUGGUCGACAAAGUCUGUCUGUCACGCAGCGCAGCGAAUAAAUCAUAUCUGCCACCGUCUUUCAAUCCCUUACACUUACCACUUGAUCUCUUUUCUUUGCUUUCAAUAAAAAAUAAACGAUAUUUUUCGCUCAUCCAUAAAUCAAACAAAGUUUCCUAAACAUAAUCGUGAUCAAUUGGAUGGCAGUAGGAUAUUGUUAUUUUUCGUUUUAUUUACAUUCACAAUGAGGAUAAAGUCUUUAAAAAUGUACUGUCGGGCUUGCAUGCAAGUGAAUUGUGAAGAGGUUGUAAAUUUAAAAUAUAGCGAUUUACCUGAUGGCAAAACGUUGUUUGACUAUUUUAAUGAAUGUACUCACCUUCAAGCAGAACCGAAAGAUGAACUUCCCCAAAUAUUAUGUACGCGCUGCACAAAACAUCUUUAUGAUGCUUAUAAUUUUAUAAAGAAAGCGCAUCAAACAAAUACGGAACUACUGAAAAUAUUGGUGGUACAAAAAUCAGAGCAGGAAUUUCUUUGUAGUACCACUGAAGAAAAAACGCAUAUAGUGGAAUUCGCAAGGGACCCUCUUGCGGUACCCGAUCCGCCAACUGUUGUAAGUAAAAUUUCAGCAACUGAAUGCUGUCGGGAACUGGAUGUAUCACUAUCAGAUAUUAAAGUAGAAUUAGAUAUUCCGGAGGAAUUCGAAAAUAUAGGCGAACAUCAUAAGCAAGACGAAGUUAGAUUACACGAGACCGAGGAAAAUUAUGUGCCGGAAAUCUCGCUACAACGUGAUAUUGAUGAAAGCGUUCCUAUUUUGAAAGAUGAUCAAGAGUCAUCCAUUCAAGAAAAUAGAAAUAUGGAAUCCUCAAUACAAGUGGAAGAAAAUGAAAACGAUUCCAUUGAAGGAGAUGACUCAGACUACACAUUGUCAAGUGAAGAAGAAGAAGAAAACUGUAAUGACUUAUCGAGAGCCAGGAGAUUACAAAACGUCACCUGCUCGCUUUGUGAUUUUAAGUGUAAAUCUCAAGGAGAACUGAAAGAUCAUAUUUUCGAGUUGCAUAAGUACAACAUUCUCUGUAUGAAUUGUCCGAAGGUAUAUGAGUUUCCUGAUGAGUUACGAAUCCAUGAAUAUCUUGUUCAUGGAACAGGAUCACCUAUUGAGUGCGAGUGGUGUAAACAAUCUUUACCUAGAGACGAUUUGAUAAAACAUUUUCAAAAAAGACAUAGCAACGCAUAUGCAAAAUACUUUCCAAGAAUGAGAGUUCGGGGUACAAAGGAAGAUGAUACUUCCCAUUUUCGUUGUGAGUAUUGUCAGAAAAGUUUUUCCUCGAUACUUGAAUUAGCUGAUCACACAAAAGGAUGCAAAUUUGAUUGUCCGUUAUGUUUGAAAACAUUUAAAAAGGCUGGUUCAUAUAGGGCACACACAAAAAGAAUACAUAAUCGUACAGUUUCAAGCCUAAAAGAUUCGUCAGAUGGAACUGAAAUAAAAGAUAAGCCAUUCAAAUGCUCAUUAUGUCCCAGACAGUAUCAACGCAAAAGUAUACUUCGAGGGCAUAUGAAAUCUAAACAUGAUCAAAACUUAGAUGAUUUUGAUGAUGACACAAAAUUAUAUGCUUGUGAAUAUUGUGAUAAACGUUUUAAAAAUCGGACUUCUGUUUACUGUCACAAAUCACGGAAACAUCGGAAUAUGAUGUCAGAAAAAUCUGGAGAUAGAGAUAACAGUACAAUUAAUGGCAACGAGGAAAUCGAGAGUGAAUAUCCGGACUUCGUUAAAUGUAAAUAUUGUAAUAGAGAAGUGGAAGGAAGUAAAAUACAAUAUCACGAGAAACGACAUAUUUAUGCAAUGAACAGAAAGAGAAACUUUUUAUGUUCUUUUUGCCCUCGAGAAUUCAAUUCUGAAGUAACCGUUAAAUCACAUGAAAAAAAAGUUCAUUUGGGUAAGAAACCUGAACCAAAGCAAUGCCCAAUUUGUGAAAAGAAAUUUGAUCCUGAAUAUUUAAGAAAUCACAUCCGAAAUGUACACACCUCCGAACGUAAGUUCAUUUGUGAUGUGUGUGGCGAUCCCUUCAAAAGUUACAUUCUGCUACACAGUCAUAAACGUUUGCAUUUUGAGCGUAAUUUUCCAUGCACUGUGUGUGAGAAGAAAUUCAUACGCUCUUUUGAUCUUAAAGUACACAUGCGCAUGCAUACUGGGGAGGAGCCUUAUGCUUGUCAUAUAUGCGAUCGACGCUUUAAAAUGAAAGUCCGUCUAAAUUAUCAUCUACAGCGUCAUGCCGGCAUUAAAAGGAAAUGCAAUGUAUGCGGCAAAGAGUUCAAUCACGUUAAACAGUUAAAAAUCCAUUCAUAUAAACACACUGGCAUGCCAUACAGAUGUUCCGUGUGUGAUUAUGGAUGUGCGCAGCGUGAUGUUUUUAGGAAACAUUUGCUGCGAAUGCACGAUAUGACAAUGACUCCUGAUGAAUAUUGUGCUAUGUUUAAGGCGAAUACUGGCCGAUUUCCGCAUGUGAAAACUCUGGAGGAACUACAAUCGGCGGUGGAACAGGAGUAGUCAAAUUAAUACAGACUAUAUAAGUAUACAUCUUAGUUUGCAAAGCAAGAGUUGUUAGUUUUUUUUUUUAUAAUAUUUUAUAAAAUAUUAAUUUCAAAUAUAACAAGAAUACAUUAUUCUAUACUUUGCU